AUGGCAGUUGAGCCUCACAAAGCUGCAGCAGCCUCCCUAGGAUUGCCGGUGCUCCGUCUGAGACAAGUAGCAGCAAUACAGCUGCAUUUCUUCUGCGGGCAGCAUUGCACCGCUUGUGUCCUUUUCCUUGAGCCCCCAAAGCCAUGGCAAUUCGUGAGCGACCUUGAUGUCAUUCAAGUCCCAUACCACAUACCCGUCAUCUUUGUCUACCGUUCUGGGGGGUCCUCUAAAGGGGCAGAAGUAAGCCCCCUGACAGGAAGUGGUUUGCCUACUACAGCUUUGCUGAAGGAGUCUCUGGCUCGCACCUUAGCAGCUUUCUACCCUCUGGGGGGGCGCAUUGGAAGCUCAAACGGCAGACCGGUAGCCUAUGGAUUCAACGACGGCGUUCCCUUCAUCGAGUCUGAGUGCAAUUUGGAGAUUCCUUCCGAUCUGCAGCCCAGUCAGUUCUCGUCCGAAUUGCUGGCUACACCAACGCCAGGGAUUGGCGGAACACCUCAGGGCGUCCCAGUGAUGUCAGUCAAGGUAACCCGGUUUCGGUGCGGGGGCCUCGUGCUCGGAGUCAGUUUCCACCAUCAGAUUGUGGAUGCAGCGGCGUUCUUCACUUUUAUGGGCGCCUGGGCGGGGGUCGCCCGCGGCAAAUCUCCAGCGUCGCCGUCCCUUAACCGGACGGUCCUAAUUGGUCGGGAUGAGCGAACGAAUGGAGGCCUCGAAAACGGAGGUCCGCAACCGUCGUCCCUGUGGGGCUCCGCGUUCGCCACGUGGCAGAAGCACGCGUCCUUCUGGCGCGCAUAUGCCGAUCUGCGGUGGCGGUCGCUCGGCCAAAAAGAAGGCCUCCUGCGAGUGACGUUUACGCGGGAGGAGGUGGCGUGGCUGAAGCGGGCAGCGAACGAGAAGAGCAGCCAGAGCUGGGACCCAAGCCAAAGCACGGCUACUCCUGGCUGCGACUGGGCCUCCAGCGACGACGCCGUGUGCGCGCACAUAUGGCAGAGGAUCACGCGAGCGCGCGCGCUUCCCGCUGACACAACCGUCACUUUCGACCGGCACGUGGACAUGCGGUCCCGUCUCGAUUCCCCCCUCCCGUCCGACUACAUCGGCUCCGGCAACGCGGGACCCCCCCGGCUGAGUAUAUCUGCCGGCGAGUUAUUGAAUAAGACGUUGGGCCAGGUGGCGCAACGACUGCGGCGGGAGCUUCUGCAAAUGGGCGAAUCGUAUCUAAAUGCGCUUCUCCGCAAAUUCCGAUCAAUGCCCUUCGUCCCGCAUUUCCUCGCGCGCGCGUCCCCGUUUGGCACCGCGUGGUGGAGAUCCAGCAAACACCUGAAGGGGACGGAGGCCUGGACGUCAUCGUGUUUCUUCAAGAGGAGCACUUGGCGCGGCUUCGAGCGGAUCCAGAGCUACACCCCUCCGUCACAACCAGACCCUGAGAGACCUUCCUCGAGUGAGGAAGCCGCAACAGCGCCAGCGACUGCGGGAGCCGGUUAG